CAAAAACAAAUCUCAGAUCCAUCACUUCCAAAUCUGGUUCAAAGCCUCUCCUAUUCGCACACUUCAUAUACAUUUCCUCAGUUCAUCCUUCUAUCCUCAGUUCCAUCUCUCGCUCGCUCUCUCUCUCUCUCUCUCUGUCUGUCUUCUGAUUCUUCCCUCUUUCUCUCUCGAGCUUUACAUCAAUGGCGGCUCUCGAUUUAAAACCUGAAAACGACAACAAAGAGAAUCUCCCACCUUCAAUGAUGGCCACCAUUUCUGCCAAGCCUCUGGAUUCUUCAUCCAGUGAUAAAGACAAAACCCAAAUCAGAUUAAGAAGAAAAAGAUCUAGAAGACAGCCUCUUCAAGACAUCACCAGUCUCUUUGUCGCAUCAUCUCCAUUGUCCUCUUCGUUUCUGAUUCGUCACUUCCCCUCUUCGUCAUAUCUAUCGGUUGAUCCCAAAUGCAUGAAGAGAAGAUCUAGUGUUGGUCUCAAGGCUGCUGCUACUUCUUCCACCUUGUCUUGUAGAAACUUCAGAUGA